AUGGGGAAAAGUGGGAUACAACCUGAUUUUUUUAGCUACGCAAUUCUCAUUAGAGGGUAUUGUGAGGAGGGAGAUUUGGAGGGGGUGAAGAAAUGGUAUGGCGAGUUGGUCAGAAGCAAGUGUGUCCCGGAUAGGGCGUUGUUUAGGGUGGUUCUUUCAUCUGCAUUAGACAAAGGUGAUUAUGAUUGGGAUUUUGAGCUUUACAAAGAGGUUUUCGAGAGGAAGCGUCUGAUUGAUGCAAGAUUGUUGCAGAAUGUGGUGGAUGGGUUGACAAAGGAUUCAAGGAUUGAAGAGGCUAAGAUGGUUGUUAAGAUGGGAUGGUCAAAUGAUUACUGCCAUUGUAAGCUGGAGCUGCCAUCACAAGUAGUUUAA